AUGAAAUAUCUUCUUAUCAUUGCAGUUUUGGCCUCAACGUCUUCUGCUUUCAUCUUUGACUUUAAUCGUGGUGGACAACAACAGCAACAACAACAACAACAACAAGCGUCCUAUGAGGAUGUUGUAUUGAAUAACGCCUGCUCCAAAUAUCUGUGUCCUGACACGCUGGCAUGUGUAUCUGGCCCUGAAGAAUGCCCAUGUCCCUUUCCAAAAUCACAACUAAGAUGUACUUUACCAGAUGGCCAAUAUAUUUGCAUAUCGAAACCUGCUACACAUGAUUCUAAGCUGAAUGGUAUCUAUGAUGAUCCAAUAAAGGGUCCCAAGGCCAAGAAUAAAGGUCUGAGAGACUGUGGUUGGGUCGAAAAUGCUUACAAAGAAUCGCUAUGA